UUGUUUAUUUCAGGAAAAUGGCAGCGGCUGCAGUUCCUCCUCGAAUUAUCAAAAAAGAACACAAAUCAAAAACGGAUUGUAAUGGAAAAGAGGCGAUAGACGUUCUACUUCAGAUGGGGUUCCCGAAAAAUAGAGCGUUGAAAGCUAUAGCAACAACGGGCGAUAAAGGUGUUCAGUUAGCAUCAGAUUGGUUGUUAUCACAUGUAAAUGAUAAAACAUUAGAUGAGAAAAUAGAUCGAGAAUAUAUCCUCUAUUUAUGCCCUGUAGGAGAACUUCAGGCAGAACUAACAGCAUUCUGGGAAAAAUCACAAAAUCUAUGUGGCUGGAAUGGUGCUCAUUCCUAUUUUCCUCAUGUAACAUUAUGUCCUUUUUUUAAGGCAGAUGAUCGUCAUGUUCCAUUUUUGGCCAAAACUUUGUCAAAUUUAGAACCAAAAGUUAAAAAUUGUCCGGAGAAUCCGCAUCUAGAAUUUUUUGCACAGCAGAACUUUAUAGGAUUAUUCAUAGGAGGAUCUCAGUAUGAAUAUUUUAAAAAUAUAGUUCUAGACUAUUCAGCUGCUUUAAAGAAAGAAGGAAUUAUUAUGGAAGCCCCAAAGAAACAAUUUCACAUUACCUGUGCCUACCAGUAUAAACCUGAACAUCAUGAAACAUUGAUGAAAUUAGCCAAAGAGAUUAAUGUACAGGCUGAGGCACGGUGGUCCAUACGAUUAUAUUCAAGGGAUCCUAAAAUUGCGCACAGUGAGGUUCGGAGAGUUUUACGACCGUAUCAUAAAGACCUGGCUGACGAGUUAGACUUGAUUACUGAUGAUUAUAUGAUAAUCGACCCAGCAGAAGUCACAAAAAGUAAAGAUGGCUGGUACAGUGGUUUGUCAUGGGUCUCAGGAAAUCAGGGCAUGUUUCCAGGGUCUUUCACCAAAAAGACAGCAGAAACCUGGACGUGGACAUUGCACAAAGAUAUACCUAUUGGUUAUAAAAUGUCAGAAUCUAAUCAUGUUAAUGGAGAAUAUGGUCAGUUGUGGGAGAGUAAGGCUGAACAAAAACCAGACUCAAAACAAGACCCAAAAGAUCUUUAUGCAAAGGUAUGUAAGAUCAAAAAGAAACUACCACCUGCACCAAGACGUCUGUUUGUUAUGAGACAUGGAGAACGAGUAGAUUUUUGUAUUGGAAGAGACUGGAUGGAAAAAUGUUUUGAUCAAGACGGAAAGUAUAAACAAAUUAACUUAAAUCUACCACGAGUUCUGAUGAAAAGACAUUCACAUCUAGAAUAUAAUCGUGAUGGUCCAUUAACAGAGAUUGGUAAAUAUCAAGCUAAAUUAACAGGCGAGGCUUUAAAGAAUGAAAAUGUUGUUAUAUCCCAUGUAUUUGCAUCACCAGCUUUACGAUGUGUACAAACAGCUCAAGCUGUAAUAGAGGGUUUAGGAAUAGAUAUUAAGAUGUCUAUAGAGCCGUCGUUGUUUGAAUGGUUAGGAUGGUAUCAACCCAUUUGUCCACAGUGGAUUUCUCCAGAAGAUUUCUCUAAAAAUGGUUACUCGGUAAACACAGCAUACGCAGCUUAUUUAACUGUUAAAAAUUUAAAUAUGGAUGAAACUGUGGAAGAGUGCUAUAAUAGAGGAGCCAACUUUUCUCGAUUUGUUAUUAAAAAAUUUCCAUCUGAAAGUGGAAAUAUUUUAUUUGUUGGUCAUGCUGGGAGUCUAGAUAUAUGUACAAGACAAAUAUGUGGCCGGGCACCAAGAGGAACUACAGAUUUCCACUCUCAUCUUUCUAGUAUACCUUAUUGUGGUAUUUGUAUGUGUCAAGAAGAACCAACAUCAAAGAAAUGGGCCUUAGUGGAUUGCCCUGUUAAACCCCUCAACCAUUCUGCCAAUAAAUCCUUCAACUGGAAAACUGUUCUAACCAAUCAUAUGGCAGCGGUUUAAAGAAAACUUAUGGGGUUUUUAUCAUGAAGAAAUUAUCUUGAGAAUGAAAACCGAAUUAAAGUUUGAAUCCCUUACAAAAGUUGAAUCUCUAAAAAAACAAGAUUUUGAGAAUUACUGAAUACUUUGGAGACUGCAUGGAGCAAAUAAUUUAGUUCAAACACUAGAACACUUAUAUAUUAUUUAAUAUUUCUCAGUGUUCUACUUUACCUAGUUACUAAAUAUAAUAAAAAUAUGUCAAGUUAAUGUUCCCCAAAAUAUGCUUCUUUUUUUAAAAAAAAAAAAAAAAUAUGUACAUUUGUGUAAAAAGUCUUUAGAAAUUAUUGUUACAAAAUGUCCUCCUUUCUCUCUAGCUUAGCCUAUCGAAUAAGAGUUUUAUAUGAUCAUUGUUGUUACAGUAUGCAAAAGAUUUCUACCUCAAUUUAGGAGACAUUUUUUUCUGCUUUUUUAUUUUGGAGGUGAUGUGAGAAAUGAGAGGUGAAUAUGACAUUUAACUUGUAUUUUGUUUUAAACCCAAAUGGAUUGUUUUGAGAUUCUGCAUGUUUAAACCUGAGUGCAUUGUUUUGAGACCUUGCAGAGUUAACUCUGAAUGCAUUAUUUUGAGACUCUGCAUGGUUGACUCCAAAUGCAUUGGUUUGCGACUCUGUAGGGUAAACUCCAAUCUGUACAUAAGAGUUAAAGAAAAUACACUUUUUAAACUAAUUUAUUUUGAAAUUUAACCAAAUAUUAUGAUUACUGUAAUAGUGUAAUAUAUAUUUUAUACCGGUACUUAAUUGUAUCUUGCUAUAGGAACAAAAUGUCUAAACAGCGUGUCUUUCAAAUUAUACAUACUAAAAUUUAUGUGUGUAUUUAAAGAUACAUUAUGUAAGAUUUAGAUAAAGAGCUAGCCAUUCUUUCUAUAAUAGUUCGAAAAUAGAUAAUGUAAAAUGAAUAAUUUGAAAAUUUCAUUCAAAUUACUAUAUUGCGAGCGAAGAUAUUAGGAUAUGAAGGUUUGACAAGGCGUGUGCAAUAAUUUCAACUACCGUACUGGUUGUUCGAAGCUAAAUCUCGCUCCUCCAUUUUUAGCUUAAAUUAAAAUAUGGCUGAACUGUUCUAAUCUAUUUAACAUCGGAGAAAUCUUAUGCCAUCGACAGUUGAUUAUGGCCUGGAUAAGAUAAUUAAUGUCUAAUUAGUAAUUUAGAAAACAUUUCAGGCCUAAAGAAAGACCUGCAAUAGUCAGAUUUAGCUAUUGCAUAAUGUAUGUUUAAGUUUUUCCCGAUAUGAUUAAGAAACAUGCAUGUACUAUCCUAAGAGGAUACAGUACUCGAUGAAACAAUCUGAUUAAAACAUGGAUCCUAUUUUGUUUCGCUUUUUAUAGUUCAAAAUUUCGUUUUACUUGUCUUUACUACACUAAUAUCUGGAAGAGUUGUUUAUAUUACUGGCAUUUUGGUUGAAGUGAGGGAUAAGGCAACGAAACGUCUGUUAAAGCGACUCCUUGGUGUACGACCUUCGAGUACAACUUGUCAGAUCUUCAUGUAAUAUAGGCCAUCGAAAGUAUCAAAAUAUAUAUCUCAAUUCUUCAAAAGGUGUGAUAUAAUCUUGACUAAUUGCUAUACCUGAAACAUUUGAUCAUGUCUCACACCACAUCGUCAUAUGAUUCAAUUUCGGAGCAGUUGAUUGCAAUUCAGAACAUUCUGGGCGAACAAUCGAGUUUUCCCAUAAUAAAGAAACAUUCAGCCAUAUUGGUUAAAGAAGUCCAUCCGUAUCAGAUUCUUUAUAUUUUAUGUAUUAUCUAAUAUUCAAAUACUUUCCAGUUUCCACCAUGCUCAACCUUAACUGCAAAUCAUUUCAUUGCUCAAAUUUUAUUAAUUCAAUUGAUUUACUCAAUCCAUAAAAUUUGAUUAAUUCAAUUGAUUGACGCUGUUGAUUUAGAAAUAGGAGAACUUAGAAGUAAAGAACAGUUAAAACUGUAUGAUUUUCAAAUUUCUUUUUUUGUUUAAAUAUUUAGAUAUCUUCCAAAUGCUUGCCAAACCUUUCAUUAAUUUA